AUGAAGCUCCUGCUUGUUGCCCCUCUCCUCCUGCUUCUCUUGAUGAUGGUGGAAACCAGACCAAAACCUGCAGCCCUAAAGUGCAGGACAGGUCCCCUGGACAUCGUGUUCGUCAUCGACAGCUCCCGCAGCGUGCGCCCCUUUGAGUUCGAGACCAUGCGGCGGUUCAUGAUGGACAUCAUCGGUAGCCUGGACGUGGGCCCCAAUGCCACGCGGGUGGGGGUGAUCCAGUACUCCAGCCAAGUGCAGAACAUCUUCUCCCUCAAGACAUUCUUCACGCGGGCAGACAUGGAGAAGGCCAUCAACAGCAUCGUUCCGCUGGCCCAGGGCACCAUGACGGGGCUGGCCAUCCAGUACGCCAUGAACGUGGCCUUCACCACGCAGGAGGGCGCACGCCCUCGGCACAAGAAGAUCCCCCGCAUCGCCAUCAUCGUGACGGAUGGACGACCCCAGGACCGUGUCACUGAGGUGGCCACCCAGGCCCGGAAUGCUGGCAUUGAGAUCUAUGCCGUGGGCAUCCAGCGGGCAGACAUGAACUCGCUGCGGGCCAUGGCCUCGCCACCACUAGAGGAGCACGUCUUCCUGGUGGAGUCCUUCGAGCUCAUCCAGCAGUUCGGGAAGCAGUUCCAGGACAAGCUCUGCGGGGUGGACAUGUGCAUGGAGCAGGAGCACGGCUGCCAGCACAGCUGCGUCAGCACCCCUGGCUCCUUCUACUGCGAAUGCAACCCAGGCUACAGGCUCAACGUGGACGGAAAGACCUGUUCCCUGAUCGAUUACUGCAGCUUUGGAAACCACAGCUGCCAGCACGAGUGCGUGAGCAUCCCCAACGGGCACUACUGCCGCUGCCACAGUGGGUUCACGCUGCAGCCCGACAGCAGGUCCUGCAGGGCCACCGACCUCUGCAACGGAGUGGAUCACGGCUGCGAGUUCAAGUGUGUGAGCAUGGAGGGCUCCUACCGCUGUGUGUGCCCCGAGGGCCAGCAGCUCCAGGCUGAUGGCAAGGCGUGCAGCAAGUGUGGGGCUGGGCACGUCGAUCUGGUGAUGGUGAUCGAUGGCUCCAAGAGCGUUCGGCCACAAAACUUCGAGCUGGUGAAGCAGUUUGUGAACCGCAUCGUGGACCUGCUGGAGGUGUCCCCCCACGGCACGCGGGUGGGGCUGGUGCAGUACUCCAGCCGCGUCCGCACCGAGUUCCCCCUCAACAAGUACCACAGCGCAGAUGAGAUCAAGAAGGCGGUGAUGGAGGUGGAGUACAUGGAGAAAGGCACCAUGACAGGCCUUGCCCUCAAGCACAUGGUGGAGCACAGCUUCUCCGAGCUGGAAGGUGCCAGGCCUCUCUCCCACAAUGUGCCCAGAAUUGGGCUCGUCUUCACGGAUGGGCGCUCCCAGGACGACAUCUCUGAAUGGGCCAGGAGAGCAAAGGAAUCAGGGAUCGUCAUGUUCGCCGUGGGCGUUGGCAAGGCCGUGGAAGAGGAGCUGAGAGCAAUUGCUUCCGAGCCGGUGGAGCAGCACUUCUCCUACUCGGCUGACUUCACCACCAUGACCCACCUCGUGGAGAACUUCAAGCUGAACAUCUGCCCAGAGGAGGGCAAAGGGGAGACAGAGAUCCGCAGCCCCUGUGAGUGCGAGGCACUGGUGCAGUUCCAGACGAACACCGUGGCCAUCCUGCAGAGCCUGACUGAGAAAAUUGCUCAGAUGACGGCCAGACUUGAAGACUUGGAAAAGCAGAUUGCCAACAAGAAGUGAUCCUUGCAGAGGGCUGCAGUGCUCGGAUGGGGCAUGGGGACGUACAGUAGCUAUGUGGCAUUGUUAUUGCUAGGUUAUUGUAAAGCAUCGGUGUUUGUUCUUGUAUCGCAAAAUCCCAAGGGGGAUGCGGAGUGUAUUUAAAAA